UCCGGGUUAUAGGUGUAUGGUCUGUGAAGAUGGCGGCUCCCUGUGAGCUGUUUUGCUGGAAGGCUGGUUUGGGUUUACCGUCAGUAAAUACGGACUGUCUCAUCGUGCUGGCAUAUGCUCGCUUCUCUGGAGCUCCGCUGAAAAUUCACAAGAUUUCUAACCCCUGGAGAAGCCCCACAGGUUCACUACCUGCUCUCAGGACCAAAGAGGAAGGCAGCUGCUCUCAACCCAGUCAGAUCAUCAUUCAAUUGAGGAAACAGAAAUACAAUGCAGACUAUGAUCUCUCGGCCAAAGAGGGUGCAGACACACUGGCCUUCACCUCGCUGCUGGAGGAGCGACUGUUGCCUGCGCUUAUCUACGCUUUAUGGGUCGAUCCUAAGAACUAUGCAGAGGUGACGCGCCGCUGGUACGGAGAGAAUAUGUGCUUCCCGCUCAAUUUCUUCCUGCCGGGCCGCAUGCAGAACAGGCAGCUGGAGCGACUCCGUCUGAUCCGAGGAAAUGGCGCGCUGGAGGCAGGAGAAGAGGCAGAGAAGGAGCUUUACCAUGAUGCUCUGGAGUGCCUGAAUCUUCUCUCUCAGCGCCUAGGAUCGAACAAAUUCUUCUUUGGAGAUUCGCCCUCUUCUCUGGAUGCGUAUGUGUUUGGUCAUCUAGCGCCACUUAUUAAGAUUCAACUGCCUAACUGCCGACUGCAGCAGAACUUGAAGAAUCUGGACAACUUGAACACAUAUUGCUCUAACAUCCUAAACCUGUACUUCCCCAAUGAGAGUAAAGAGGGCGUCAGUCGUCCGGUGUCCAGCACACAGCAGGGGGGCGAUUUUGACAACGAGCCAUACAAGAGACGCAAGCAGCUGCUGUCAGUGCUGGUUGCUGUGGCAGCGAUGUUGAGCUACGCUCUCCUCACCGGCAUAGUAGCUAUUGAGCAUAUGCAGGAGGAGGAGCAUGUAGGCCCCGCCUCACUCAGAGGCCCCUCCCAUGAGGAUGAAGAGGAGGAGUGAAUGAGAAUGAAUGAAAGUAGGGCUUUCUGUUAGUUGCACUGGUAUGGUCACUUUACAUAGUGGAGGAACAUACAAGAAACCAUAUAUUGUUAGGGAUUUAAGUAUUAUUUAUUCCUUGACUUGAGCUUUAAUUGCAUAUAAGCUUUCAGUUUCUAUUUUUGUAAAAUAAUUUUCUGUUUUUCGACAUUGAUGCUUGGUAUGUUCACGUGUUUUUUUUGUUUGUUUGUUUGUUUUUUUACCAAAAAUAAAAAGCAUAACUAUUCAUAGCUACUAUUAUUAAGCUAAGUUCAGGUAAGAGAGCACUUCAAACUAAGGGAUUCCCUCAACUUUUAUUGUGUGACUGUGGACCAAAACAGAGCUUUUAAACCCUUUCAUUGCUUUACGACAAUGACAAUUAGAUUUUCACAUCUCUUAUGUGCUAUUUUGUGCUGUUUUUCUGGUUUUAAUGCACAUUUUAUUUGCUAACUGCUUUAAAUCAUUAAAUCAUUCCGCUCUACUGUCAAUACUUGUCAUACUUCAGACAGAUUAAUGCUCAUGUUAAUGUGAUGCUAUUGAUGAUAGAAAAUAACCAACAUUUAAUCCAAACAUUUAUUCUCCGUCAUGUUGUUCCAAAUCUGUCUGACUGUUUCUUCCGUGAAACACAAAAUGAUUUUUCCAGAAUGUCAGUGAUGCUGAUUUCCGCUGUUUUUUGUUGGGUUUUUUUACUGCCAAGCUCAAGCUCCAAAACAACAUAGUAACGCUAAUGCAUUCGAGUAGUCCAAACAACUUGUGUGGCAUUUUCAAAGUGUUCUGCAGCCAUACGAUAGUUUAUGUGAGGAACUGUCCCUAAUUUAUAUCAUUAUUUGCUAAAAAAUAUUCCUCUUGUAUCUUAUUUGCUUUAAAUCAAAUAAUCAGUGCAUAUGCAUAUUCAAAUUUGGUGCGUCAUGCUUGGUCAUGUGAGGACCGAAGGCAUUCGGCAUCACUAAUUUUGUGUAGUGCACAUUUGAAUUUUGACAGAAUGAUUCAAAAUAGCAUUACGUAUUGAAUAAAAAACUGUGACUCAAACAUGA